UAUAUAUAUAGUGUGAACAAUGUACUACCAGAUUCAUUAGCAUUUCUCUCAAAAAUCUAAUCUUUGAAACAACACCGACCAUAUCGAGUUGAAACAGAGCAGCCAUUAAUGGAGAAAGAGAACAAGCAGCCAUUACUCUCACCAUACGGAGAAGAUGAACUAACCCACCAAAACAAACACCUCCUCAGCCGCCCUUUCACCGCCGGCGCCAGACUCCUCUUCACCGAGUUCAAAACUGAGUUUAAUAAGCUAUGGUACCUCGCUGCACCAGCCAUCUUCACAGCCAUAUGCCAAUACUCGCUCGGCGCCAUCACCCAAGUCUUCGCAGGCCACGUCAGCACUCUCGCCCUCGCCGCCGUCUCUGUCGAAAACUCCGUCAUCUCCGGCUUCUCCUUCGGCAUUAUGCUUGGUAUGGGAAGUGCUCUAGAGACCCUUUGUGGGCAAGCAUAUGGGGCUGGUCAAUACGACAUGUUGGGGAUAUAUAUGCAAAGAUCUUGGCUCAUUCUCAAUGGAACAGCUGUUAUACUCUGUUUUUUCUACAUAUUUGCAGAGCAAUUACUCAAACUGAUUGGUCAGACUCCGGAGAUAUCUGAAUCAGCUGGGCUAUUCUCCGUUUGGAUGAUUCCUCAGUUAUUCGCUUACGCAUUGAAUUUCCCCAUAGCUAAGUUCUUACAAGCUCAGAGUAAGAUUAUGGUUAUGGCGGUUAUAUCAGCCGUGGCUCUGGUUUUUCACGUUUUUUUCAGCUGGCUCGUGAUGCUUAAGCUCGGCUGGGGCAUGGCCGGCGCCGCCGUGGUACUCAACUUGUCGUGGUGGUUCAUUGUGGUGGCUCAGCUGGCUUAUAUAUUUAGUGGGUCUUGUGGUCGAGCUUGGUCUGGAUUUUCAUGGAAGGCUUUUCAAAAUCUUUGGGGCUUUGUUAAACUGUCAUUCGCUUCGGCCAUCAUGCUUUGUUUGGAAAUAUGGUAUUUUAUGGCACUUGUUCUAUUUGCGGGAUAUCUUAAGAAUGCAGAGGUUUCGGUGGAUGUACUGUCCAUAUGUGCCAACAUAUUGGGAUGGGCAAUGAUGGUGGCUAUUGGGAUGAAUGCAGCAAUAAGUGUAAGAGUAUCGAACGAGCUAGGGGCAGACCACCCAAGAACAGCAAAAGUAUCGUUAAUAGUGGCAGUAAUAACUUCAUUCUUAAUCGGUGUCGUUUUGUCUCUAAUCUUGGUCAUCACUCGCAAUCAAUACCCAUCGUUAUUUUCAGACGACACAAGUGUCAGAAUUCUUGUUACUAACCUCACUCCACUUCUUGCCACCUGUAUCGUCAUCAAUAACAUCCAACCAGUUUUAUCUGGGGUUGCCAUUGGUGCUGGAUGGCAAGCUUUCGUGGCAUACGUAAACGUUGCUUGUUAUUAUUUGUUCGGAGUACCAUUGGGCCUGUCAUUGGGCUACAAGCUCAACAUGGGUGUUAGUGGUAUUUGGUAUGGGAUGUUGGCAGGGACUGUGUUACAAACUUCGAUUCUUUUUCUGAUGGUUUACACAACCAAUUGGAGCAAAGAGGCCUCUUUAGCUGAAGACAGGAUAAGAAAAUGGGGAGGGGAUUCCAAUGAAGAUAUAGAAAAAUUAGUGAAAUAAUUAUGAGUGUAUUUGAUAUGUUUGUUGGUAUAUAUAACUAUAUAUUAAGAUGUCCAACAUUUUGGAGAAAAAUAAUAAUAAAAGAAAUUCUUUCAUAAUGUUUGAUUUAGGAAAAAAAAAACAAUUAGCUAUUACAUGGAAGAAUGGAUUUUAUGUA